AUGACGGAGGGUGAUCCAACACCGGAGACAGUUGUUGUGCACGAUCUUCGCAAACGGAAGAUUGUCUCGACAGAAGAGGGGAGGCGAAGGAAGACACUCAAGUCGUCGCCAGCAAGGGAUGUCGAUGCAGGAGAGGAUGAGAGGGCAAGAGACGAUUAUGAGAAGACAGCACGCGCCUUGUUUCCUUCUCCUCUUCGCCCCUCCAAGUUGACCAUCGACGAGCACUUCAGUUGCAAGAAACCCCCGAGAGCCAUGUCGACGGUGAGGACGAAAAAGGAAGAGCAAGGAAACCAUGGCCCUGCACGAGGAUCUCUACAGCAAGAGCUUGGCGAUGCAGCUACUCGACGGCCCGAGGAAGCGACGGCACCGAGAGAUAUCCUCAGGGAGAGCGCGAGGACAACAUCGCCGACAGAGCAGAUGAACCACACGGCGACGGAUGUGCGAAACAUCACGAGUGAGGAGGCAGCAGAGGCCAUCGCGGAUGUCCCUUGCGCCAGCCGUACCUCGCAGGCAGAGAGCAGCAGGACGUUUUGGCUGUCAAUGUUUCUGUUUGCAGCAGUCUUCUUUCUGUACCUAAGCACGAUCGCUCGCAUGCUUGAAAAGGCGACCUGGUUGUUUGCGAUAGCACCUCUAGCACUUCUCCUGUCAUGCUAUCACAACACAUUAGUUUUGAGUGCUGUGGACUACAAGGCGCUUCUGAACGAUCUCGGCGGCUUCUUCGUCCUACUUGGUUCGCUCAGAUUGAUGAGGACACUCAGUGUGAGGCCCGGAUACUGA